AUGGAUCUUAGCUCGGUCAUUCGCAAGGGUCACCCCAUCGCUUUCGCUAUCUUCAUUGUGCUCUCGCUCAUUCUGGCAAUCAUUGCCUCGGCUGUGGUGGCGAACCUGAACCACCACGGCAACGAUGUCUCGAACCUGAUUCGCGACACCACUCGCUUCAUGGUGUUCACUGGCUGGUGGAGUGUUCUUUUUGGCGCCAUUUUCCUGGCUCUCUUUGUUACGGGUAUCGGUGGCGUUCUCUCGUCGAUUGCGAGCCACGGUAUCUUUGUGCUUAUCACCUGGAUCUUCUGGCUCUGCGGUUCGGCGGCGCUCUCGAACGCUGUCGGCAACGCGAAGUGCGUCAGCGACGAAAACGCGGACGGCUUCAUUCGUGACUGCGACGCCCUCAAGGCUAUUGUUGCGUUCGGCUGGAUUGGCUGGGUGGAGCUUACCCUGCUGCUGGGUGUCAUUCUCUUCCUCGGCAUGAAGGCCUUCCGUGGCGGUCGCGGUGUCCACGACAGCCUCGCGUAA